GGAUAUAUUAUAAAUUCUUUGGAUAUUUGUGAACCCGUGUGCUCUACUGGAUGUUUCAAUGGUUAYUGCGUAGCUCCGGAGAAAUGUGAAUGUUUAGAAGGAUUUGCAAAAACCGAAAUAGGAAUUUGUAAAGCGGUCUGCCUGAAUGGCUGUCUGAACGGUCAGUGUGUUUCUCCGAAUACAUGUGAAUGUCUUGCUGGUUAUGUAUUUAAUAAAGAAAAUGUUUGCGAACCAGUUUGUUCAAUGGAUUGUCAAAACGGUUCGUGUGUGGCGCCGGAGACAUGCAAGUGUAACUUUGGUUUUGCGAUGUCCCCGCUUAACAGUUGUGAACCUGUUUGUGAUGGUGGUUGUGUUGACGGCGAUUGCAUUGCACCCGGAAUUUGCAAUGAUAAACCCUUCGAUUCGGUAUUUAGCAGUAGUACUGGUGGCUCUAUUCUAACAACAACGUUAUUAGCGAGCACUUUUGAUAGUGACGACGAUAGCGAUGAUGACUAUGGCGAUAGCGGAGAAGGGAGAGACGGCAGCGAAUCGUCUGGAGACAGCAGUGAGACAAAUGCCUUUUUUGAAGCAAAGUAUCAUUGCAAUCAUCGUUGUAUCCACGGAACUUGUCACGGGGAGAGCUGCGUGUGCAACGAAGGUUAUGAGCUGCAGUUACAGGAAGACGAGGAUAUCUGUGUUGCCAUCACACUUGGAAGUACUGGAGAUCUGAAAUCUUUUCGAUUAUAUAUCAUACUCGGAGUGCUUUCCUUACCGCUAGCCCUGUUGGUGUUGUUGUUGAUUUGUCGCCUCAGUUGUGAGAAGACGUACAAUGUAGCGAAGAGAGAAAACCAGAUUGGACUGAAGAACAUGUCGCGGAACGUGGACAUUAUGAAGGAGCUUCAGAGCAGGAUGCUUUUAAAUAUACUUAUUUCGUUGAGUGUUCUUUUAACCGUCAUAAAUUUGACUACCAGUCAAUGGUGCACCAAAAUGCGAAGAGAUAAAGCAUAUUAUAAUGAACCUAGRCAGUAUAUACAAACUUAUUUAACUUUGAAUUGGUUAGGACUCACUGUGCAAAGAACCAGAUAUGCAACCACUUUUGAUUACAAAUAUAAAUAUGUAACAAGAACUGAAAGGUAUUGCUGUGCUGGUUACGUUAUGAGGAACAACCAAUGCGUGUCCGCUUGCGCGCCUAACUGCCCGGCCAACAGUCGRUGCACCGAUGUCAACAAAUGCACCUGCGAUUAUGGUUACACUUCCAASACGUCUAUUCCUAGAGACAUUAUCUGCGAGCCGAAGUGCACUGCAGGCUGUCAGUCGCAUAGUACUUGUACRCAACCCGAGACUUGCACAUGCAAUUCGGGAUAUGAAAGACGCUCGGAUGGCAUAUGUGAACCUAUCUGCCAGGAACGCUGUCCUGCAUAUGCCAUUUGUACAGCGCCAGAUACUUGUAKYUGCGUGGAGGGUUAUAAAUUCAAUGAAGACUUAAAGGAAUGUGUGCCAGAGUGCCAAUACGGUUGCGGCUUGAAUAUGUACUGCCAAUCGCCUAAUCAAUGCGCUUGUCGUACUGGCUAUAAACUACAUUCGAACGCCACAGGUGAAGUAGAUGAGACCACCGUAAGCAGCGGCGAGUUGUGUUUUCCUGUCUGCAGUGUUGGCUGUCCCGCGAACAGUGAGUGCUUUGCGCCAGAGGAGUGCCGUUGUUYGGAGGGUUACACUACGYUGACCGCAGACGAAGAGACGCAGAUGAGUAGUAGYGGCGAAUGUGUGGCAGUGUGUGUAGAUCAAUGCCCACRGCAUGCCAGUUGCGUUAGUCCUAAUGUGUGCGAAUGCGCGUCAGGUUACGAAUUGCUUCAUCCGCCCCAACAACGUCAAUACUGUCAAGCACAAUGCACGCAGAAUUGCGAACUGAAUGGAAAAUGUGUGGCRCCGGACGUAUGUGAAUGCUUUCCCGGCUAUGAGCAUGUAAGCAGCACAAACGCCACCACAGAUCCUCAAGAGCUCUACUGUCAACCGGUCUGCUCCAACGGUUGCGCGCAUGGCGAUUGCGUGGGACCCGAAAUGUGCAUCUGUCAGCCAGGCUACCUGAUGGGYGCGCAAGGUGUGUGCGAACCCACUUGCACUAAGGGAUGUCUGAAUGGGCGCUGUGUUGACGUCGAAGUUUGCGCAUGUAAUGACGGCUAUCAACUAUCUGCAGACGAUUCUGAUAAAUGCGAACCCAUUUGUAGUAAACCUUGCAUCAAUGCAGACUGCGUUGCGCCGGAGCUGUGUCUCUGUCGAGAGAAGUAUAAACCUAUGGCUGGUGAGGGCAUUUCUAACAAAUGUACGCCCAUGUGUUGGCCGGAGUGUGUAAAUGGUGUUUGCAUUGCGCCCGAUCAGUGCAGCUGUAACGAAGGUUAUGUGCGAUCAUCAAACACAACACAGCUGCACAUCUGCGCGCCGUACUGCACAGGCUGCAAAGGUGGCYACUGCGCAGCACCAGCGAAAUGCGUCUGUCCCGAGGGCGCGGAAUUGUCAGUUAUUGAAGACACAUCCGAAUGUACGGCCAUCACUGCGAGUGAUAUGACCACAGUGGCUACAAUAGACGAUACUACAGCAAGUACAAUUGAAACGACCACAGCAAUAUUUACCACCACUGAAAGCUUUGUGCGGCUCAACGCCACUAAGGAAGUUGAGCUAUUGAGUGGCACUACUAUUGGGGACGAAAUGGACGCUCUAUUGCAGCCAAUCGACUUGGAUGAGUGCACACACAYGUGUGAUUGUUGGAAGGAAAGUUCUAGCGCUGAUUGCUUCGAAAUUUGUGGGUCAAAGGAAAGUAAUUGCCUGGAACCGCAAUUUUCUCGUUGCAUAGAAUCAGGCAAACGAAUUGAAUACAAAGGCUCUGUUGCACCGAAAAUAUAUACUUGCUACGAGCACAGUUCUAUUUACUCUCCGAAAACUGGCGGCGCUGUACAACCUUUACGCAUGACUAUUGAUGGCUUAAUAUUCGCUGCGUUCAUGUUGGCURUGUAUGUUUGAGUAGCAAGAUAUCGUCAGCGGCUUUAUAGUAGAUCAUUAAUGAGAAAAUUUUAAAGUAAUCAUUUAUGUUAAGACUGGGGCAUAUUAUGAUGUUACAGAAAGAUCUCUUUUGCAUAUCGACAAGCUGAAAAAUACACCUGUGUUUAAGCGUAUGUAUUUUUAUUUAUAUGCACUUUAUUAACAAGUAUUAUACCAUAUUGUGCACUUAYAUUAACAGUAAAUUGAAAAAUUCUAAAUAAAAAACUUAAAGGAGAAUAAA